CGCAGCGCAAUCGAGGCAGUGAGUUGAGAGGCGCCCACGUGUUUGGCGUUGUUUAGAGACCGCGGUGCUUGGCUUUAAACAGACCCCCACCCGCACCGAAGAUAAAGUGAGUCUCAGUAUUAUUUGUUUUAUAUAUAUACCCCAACGACAAACUAAAUCCGUUCCUGGAUGCCUCAUUCGCGGUGAAAAGAAAAUGUAGCUACAUUCGUAGCGUGCGAUAAAUACAUCCACAUCGGAACUAUAUGUCUAAGGACACGUGAAGCAGAAAGAAGGGGGGGGGGGUUAGGUUACUAGCCGCCGUGCACGUAGACGCGACCGCACCGCUGCGCGAGGUUGUCGAGGUGGGGGGUGGGGUGGGGGGCCACCGACGGCUGAGCGAGCAUGGUGCUGCACGCCUCUGGGCUCCCAAGCAGCGCUGACGACUGCCUGUCCGCCGCCGAGAUGAGCGACUCGGAGGGGAGCGACCUGGAGCCGGGCUCCUGCAUGCCGUCCCCGGCCGCGCUCUCGGCUCGCGUCGCCGACACUGCCGGCGCUGUUGGCUCGGCGCUGGGUGGUGGUGGUGGUGGUGCCGGUGCCGGUGCCUCCUCCUCGGGCAGCGGCAACGGCGGCCAGCCCGACUGGUGCAAGACGGCGAACGGGCACAUCAAGCGGCCCAUGAACGCCUUCAUGGUGUGGUCGCAGAUAGAGCGGCGCAAGAUCAUGAUGGAGUCGCCGGACGUGCACAACGCGGAGAUCUCCAAGAGGCUGGGCCGCCGUUGGAAGCAGCUCAAGGACUGCGAGAAGGUCCCCUUCAUGCGGGAGGCGGAACGCCUGCGCCUCAAGCACAUGGCCGACUACCCGGACUAUAAGUACCGGCCGCGCAAAAAAGCCAAGACUCCCGGCGGAGGAGGAGGAGGGGGAGCGGCGGGAGUCUGCGCUGCUGCCGGCUCGGGGCCCGCGUCCCCGCAGGAGAAGCCGCCCAAGUCGAGCAAGAAGGGCGACUCGGCAAAGCGCAGCGGCGGUGUCUCCGGUGGCAAAUCCAAGGCGCAGAAGCUGCCGCCACACCUGCGGCCACCCUCCGGCGGGCGCGGUCUGAAGACCGUGUCCACCAAGACGGUGCGAGACCUGCUGGCGCCUCCACAAGCCCGGCACCACCACCACCACCAUCAUCAGCUCGGCAACCAUCACCAGCACUCGUCCAGUCAGCCCACGUCCCCCGCCGCAGUGCCGCCCAGCCCGACGUUGAGCAGCGGAUCUGCGGAGGGCCGGGAGUCCGCGAGCUUCUACGAGGACAUCUCGGGCGUGCGAGUGACGACCAUCAAGAUCGAGCCCGGCUCCGUCUCGCCGUCCGUGGUGCCCUCCGUCUCGACGCCGAUGGCCACGAUGCUUUCGUCCGGAGGGGCCGGAGGAGCAGCGGGAGGGAUGGACGACUCGAUCCUGGACUUUGCGCUGAGCGCGUCCGAGCGAGGUGAGCUGCAGACGCUGGGCAGUAUCGGCCUCUCCACGCUCGACCGCGACAUCGACUCGCUGAGCGACGGCAGUUCUGCGUCUCACUUCGACUUUCCAGACUAUUGCACCCCGGAGGUGAGCGAGCUCAUCUCGGGUGACUGGUUCGAAUCGAGCAUCACCAACAUGGUCUUCACGUACUGACCGGACCCCCACCCCCCACACACACACACCCUGACCUCCUAAACCGAGCAAGCGAGAGGGCCACCCUGGACUUGCCGGCGUCUGCUUGUGACAUGCGCUCACCAAGGAUGAGUUUGGGGGAAGAGGGUGGGAGAUGAUCGUGUGGAUCGUCUCGGAAGAGUGAGUGUGCGAGCCAAGACGAGACUCGCUCACUUCAAAGUAUUUGAGACUUAAUUUUUUUGUUUCGUUUUUUUUUUAUAUACGAAUUGAGGUGACUGAUUUCAAAACCCAGCUUUACCAGCAAUGUGCAUUGGUCGCGCUGACUUUCUCCGGCCCCCAAUGUGACCUUGUGACCAAUAUUUUGUGUUUUUUUUUCUUCCGAUGGGAGAUGCAGAGAGCGCGAGUGAGUUAGUGAGUGAGAGAGAGAACCGUCGUCACUCGUUAAAGGAGUCUGGAAGAUGACCCACCAAGGGAAUCCAUCCAAAGCCGCGGUAUCCUCUGCCACACUCCGGAGGUUUAAAGUCCACGGUUGGAAUCCUCUACCUGCCUUUUUGGACACACCAGGAGUUUCUUCAGCAAGUCCGCAUGCUACCAAUAUUGACACCGCAAUAGCCGAUAAGUCCAAAAUAACGGUUGGUUAACCAUGAGUCUGUCUACCGAGUCCGUGAAAAGUGUAUUUAUACUGUAUUUACAUUGUAGCUGGACUGCAUUGACAUUAACUUAACGACGUGUUGGGGGGGGGGGAGGGUUUUUAUAGGUGUUUAAAUUGCCUUGUGUUAAAAAAAACAGACCGUGCUCGAUGAUGAUUUAGUUUCAUUAUUUUGCGGAUAAGGCGAACAAGGUUGUGAGGAUGAUGAUGAUGGGAGCGUGCAAAACGCCGCGGCGAGGAGGGAUUAGGAUGGCGACUCGAGACAUAUUUGAGGAUGAGGAGUUGGGGGGGGGGAGAGAAUGCACGGCAUAUAUGCUUGUAGAUAAUUAUAUCCAUUGUGGGGUUGAGAGACGGGUUUUAUCUUUAGACCGAUGGUCGGGGUUGCGGAGGGGGGGGAUGGAUUUAGGGAGGAGGGUGUUUGGGUUUUAGUAGGCGCGUUCUUUUGGUACAGAUGUCUUCUCUCUGCGCUGCCAUCCAAGACGUGCCGCCACUAGGUGGCCCUAUCUCUAAACCGACAGAAACUCCCCAACACGUGCAUUUGUGGUUACAAUUGAGAAUUACCCCGUCCGUGCGUGCGUCCAUUCGCUCACUGACUGUUGAUUUUUGUUGUUACUGUUGCUUGUUUUAAGUGUACGGUUGAGAGGGGUGGGGUAUUUUGGUUAGAGGUUUUUUUCUUAUAUGGAUUUAAAUGUACAUAUAUAAACAAUAUAACAGCACCUGCCUGUGUCGGAAACACAUUUGGAACAACAAAUGACCACGUCCACGUAAAAGGGCUUGAUUCUAUUUGCAGUACAGAGUUUUUUCUUAUACGUCAUUUCGAUCGAAAACUUUGUACAAAGAUUUAUUUUCUCUAUGUAUUUUUGUAUAAAAAAAAGAGUAAAACAAAAAUCGUAUUCAUAACUCGCGCCCUUUUUUUUCAUUUUCGAUGUUUUUGAGGAUUGUCUUAUAGGCGCGUGUUUACAUUUUUGCCAAUACUAGGCAUGCGUGCUAAUGGUAAAGCAAUGCUCCAUCUCACCACGCAUAUAAACUGUAUCGCUUAAUGUGUUGUUAUUUAAAGGGUUACACGGUGACGAUGUAUUUAUGGUUAUGAAGAUUACAAUCUAGUUGAGAAAAAACGUGAAAUCGUGGCUAGCGGUAGUAAAAAAAAAACGAGUUUGUGAAAUGUACGAGUUUAGACGACGAUAGUGCCGUUUUUUGCUUGUUCUUGACAUGCUUAUCGGUGGUGUACGGUUGACAUUGCCAUUUGUGUAUCUUUUUUGAUACUUAAAACUCACACAAGCGCAUACGGUUCAUAAUAAAUGAUCUCACCAGCUGUUUCUGUGACCAGCCUGUGCAAUAUACGCCCGAUUUUGCGAGCAUUGUAAGCGAGCAGAACGCCUGUGUGUACAUUAUACAGCGUGUUAGAGACAGUGUCAGCUGGAUCUGAAACAUGAGCCCUGUAAAGGUGAGCACUUGGGUUCACGAUUUUGAGUGCAUUGAGCCUCUCUCCGCCUGAAGGACUUUUGAUCAAUUAAAAUUGAAAAACUUUGCAUAACAUACUGGUAACGCGCGUCUCUGUUCGCUAGCGUGAGUGUCCCGUGUACUUUAUAUGCCCCCUCCCCCGGACCCGCCCGCCCCCCCCCGACUGCGCGACUUUAAAGAAGGUUGGGGAAAUGAACCUUUUUCAGUUACUCUUAUCUUGCGCCGCCUUUAUGCAAGGCUAUGGCAGUGAACAAUGCUGCAGCAAUGGGAUAAACGGACUUGUAUUUCAAACGCUGAAUUUUAAAUGUCUCGCAAGAAACCUUAAUCAAUUCGAGACCUCUAUUUUAUAACGUGGAAGCGUUCCCUCUGCACUCGGCCUCCUGCCGAUAAUGUAUCUGUUCGCCGUCCCAUUUUUAAAUGUAAAUAAAGUAAUGAUAAUGUAAUAUUUCAUGUGAACGAUCACAGAACAAAACACCGGAAUGUAGGUCACUUGGCAAAAAAAAACAACGCCGCUGUUACCAUUCUGGCCCGAGUUCAAAUUUUGGGCAUCAUCGAUUCAAAUCGAAAUGAAUCAUUCUUACUGGGAAAAUCGGUACCGUCUUGCGGUUAUCACUCGAUGGGAAGUCUGCAGUGGAUUGUCUAAGGUCACCAUCAAACGGCAAGGUCUUCAAACCGAUGUGUGCGCAGUUCUUACUCCGAACCGUUAAUUGUACGGGUGAGUCAAAUUACCAACAAAUGAGGCGAAUGUAAUUGACAAUGUACAGUAUAACAUUUACAUUGGCGCAAUCUAUGCAGAGGUCCACAGGAGUGGGAUUGACCUGUUUUACAUAGAAAAAAUGCAUGUUUCAUGAACUAUACUGUGCAGUAGAUUUAUUAAAACGUACCAUUUUAAUCUUUUAAAAACAAACCAGCAUCUCGAUAUAUGUAAUUUUAUCAAUAUUUGAAGCCACCGAAUAAACAAGAAAACGUGUCC